AUGUAUCCCCGUCCGGGAGCAGUAUUCAGCGAUGAUUACUUCGUGAUGUAUGAUGGGCCACAGCCGCAACCACAAGGUCCGAACAACAGCUUGAGUUCUACUCAAAAUCCAGGCUUUGCUUCCUUCACCAGAUGGGCCCCUCCAACAAUCAUACCCUGUUCGCAGGGUUCUUCAGCCUCGAUAUCUCAUUCAUUUGCUUGGCACGCUACCUCUCAGCACUCAUGGUCAGGUCCUUCGGCAGCAACUGGCUAUGCCUCAAGUGCUGGCGACCGCAUUUUGAAUGGAUACCCUGCGUUGCUCGAUCGAUCAGCUCCCGAGCAGAGGUCGUCGUCUCCAGAUGCGCAGUUCCCGUUCAUCAUUGAAGACCCAACAAAUCCACAGAAGCACCGUGAAAAGCGAGUACGGACCAAAGAGGAGCUUGAGAGCCAGAAGGAAGGCAUUCGAAUCUUGAAAGAAAGCGGCGGUGCAUGUAUAAGGUGUUACCGGAGCAAGAAGAAGUGCGCACCUGGUACCCCAUGUCCUCCUUGUGCCUCGAAACGCCGAAAAUGCAUUCGACGCAUCAGUGAGCCUCUUUCUGCUCCUGCUCAGCCCAUUUCUUCUCCCGCUCAACUUGCCAGCCUGUCCGACAAUCCAACCCUGACCGACAGCCUAACUGUGGAGACGGUGUCGAAUCAAGACCUGCCGUCUGUGGACCCCGAGCUUGAAGAUUAUUUCGACCCGUUUAGUUUCGAUACUUGGCGAAAUGGCAUGGACUCCAUUGACGGGGCAUACAAUAAUCCCAGCUACCCUUUUGUCGGAACGGACACAGGGGCGCGUCUAACGUCAUGA